CACUCCCUUAUUCCUCAUUUAGCCCCAAAUUGUUCUUUUCACUAGAAGCCGCCUCUCCUCAAUUUUGCCCUAACCUAGCACAACUCAUAUUCCCUUGAUUGAUACCUCAAAUCCAUCACCAAUGGCGUGUGUUCCUAAUUCAUCAAUGACUCUUCUCUUCGUAGAAAUGGGCGUAGGUUACGAUCAACACGGUCAAGACAUAACCUCAGCUGCUAUGCGUGCUUGUAAAGACGCAAUUUCAUCCAAUUCAAUUCCAGCUUUUAGAAGAGGAUCUAUACCUGGUGUUUCCUUUGAUCGGAUGAAACUGCAGAUCAAAUUAGGAGUUCCUAAGCCUCUUCAACGCAGUUUAGAUCUGGAGAAAGUGAAGUCGGUGUUUCCUUAUGGAAGGAUCGAGAAUGUUGAGGUUGUUGAUGGUGGAUUGGUAUGUUCUAGUGGUGUUCAAGUUGAAGAAAUGGGAGAUGCAAAUGAUGAUUGUUAUAUUGUUAAUGCUGCUGUUUAUGUUGGUUACUAGUAAUUCACCUGUUUUUAUCAUCAUUUUGUAGCAAUUUAAGUCAAUCAAUGUAGAGAUUUCUAGUGUUUGUUUGUUGCA